CUGGCGUUCUUAGCUUUGUUCAAAAAUUAAAAAAGUGAAAUCAUAGACAAUGUCAGUUUCGUACGCGGUUUCCCGCGUUUUGAGGCGCGCGUCGCCGUUCCUUUUUCAAAACAGAUACGAAUCGACGGUGGCCAGUUUGACGAAAGAUGAAAUAUUGAUACUAUUAAGACCUCCUUUCACAAAUUGGAGUAAUAUAAUUAGGGACGCAGAGAAAGUAGUCGGAUAUCCGACCUCAUUUAUGAAUUUGAGAUGUCUACUGAGUGACGAGUUUGCUAAUUUGGCGUUGUAUUUAAGGAAAUUGGUUGGCAGCAAUCACCUUGUGAUGCAGACAGCUAAGAAUGUUCUUUACGGUGACUCCAAAAAUCUUCAGCCUUGGGGACUUAUGAUCUUGUUACUUUCCAAAUCAGUGAAGUCCACCUCAUCGCUUCCUGCAAAAAAGGUCGAGGAACAACAGAGGGCAUUGGCGGAACUAACAGAAAUGAUUAGAACGGGACACAUGAUUCAUCGUGGAAUUGUUAAUGUGCCUUUCGCAAAACGAUCGAAAAAUACAGAAUCUGCAAUUUUCGGGAACAAAAUUGCUCUUUUACUUGGAGAUUAUCUGCUAGUUACAGCUAACGGUAUGUUAGCUGGUCUUAGGAACUCUGACGUGUCUUACAUUAUAUCUACUGCGUUGAAAGAUCUAUCUGAAGGUGAAUUCUUCGGUGAGAGGGACGAACAAAACAUGCCAUUACCUGGUAAGCCUAAAUCAACUGACGAAGACUAUCAAAUAACGUUCGAUACUAAAUCGAUUAGUGUAGAUCAAGUAAUUGGGAAACCUAUGAGGGAAUGGACAGCUAGAACAGUUUUCAAUGGAGUCAGUCUGUUGGGCAGAGGAUGCCAAGCAGCAAUGGUUCUAAACAAACAGAGUACAGAGAUGCAAAACUACGCAUAUCAUUUCGGAUGUCACGUCGGUUUAGCGUGGCAGGCUGCUACCGAAUUGCAACAGUUAACAUCAGAUAGCAAGGACCAGUUUUGUUUGGCAAGUGCUCCUGUACUUUUUGCGUUAGAAGGCAAUCCAGAUUUGUAUGAAAUCAUUAAUCAAGGUAAAAAUGACGUAAAAGAUGUUGAUUACGAAGAUUUGAAAUUCAAUGUACUGAAGACAGAUGCGAUUGUUAAAACAAAGAAGCUUUACGAGGACCACGCUAAGAAAGCAACUGCGUACAUUGAAAGUAUGGGAGAGAACGAAUCUGUGGAUAUGAUUAAGAAAUUAAUUAAUACAUUUUGAUCUACGAAUUUGAUAUUAUUAGAGCCUUAAUAUAUUCUGUUGACUUGUAUACACUUAUGCGCCGUUAAGUUUAUUUUUAUACUCUUGUUUCUAAAAUUGUUUGGAAGAGAUUUUGUUAGUGUUAAGACCGUAUUUUCUAGUUUUAUGUGUAUUGUUGAAGAUGUAAACAAUGUUAUAUGACUUGCAACAGCAAUUGUC